AUGAAAAUUGGUAGAAAAAGGAAAUCACUGAAUCUAUUGGUAGUAGAAUUAACUAAAUAUUUAUUUAUAAUUGAGUUAAAAAUGAAAUCAGCAUUAAUAAUUUCUUUAGCGGGCCUAUUGGUAAAAACAGUUGUUGGUGAUAUCUUAUCACCACCUGGAUUUGGCGCUUUAGAAUCGGUGGCACAAAAUGUUACUAAAGAACUAAUGGCAAGUCAAAAAAGAGGUCUUUCCACUGACACCAACAAACACACUGAAACAACUCAACCAAGUGAAACAACUCAACCAACUGACACCAACAAACCCACUGAAACAACUCAACCAACUGAAAAAAAGGAUGAUGAUAAAAUGAAAUCGACAUUUGUGGAUGUACCGGAACACAUAUUAAAAGAAACUAAUGGUAAGGAUAGCGGGAAUUUGAGAGGCGAUUCUACCUUUGCAAGUGAGGUUGGAGAUGCAGAAGAUAAGAGGAAUCCCGUAUUAGAAUCAAUAGAAGGUGCUGAAAAGAAAUUAGUAGAAGCUUUGGGAGCGGUAAAAAGUAAAUUAGCAACAACAGGAAAGGACCAAAAACCCAUUAAAGUUGACUGUGGAACAACGAGAGUCAGGGUAGUUUGUAAUAAGAAAGGCCAACCAGAAACUGUAGACGACCUUCCUGAUGAGAAGGCGAAUAAAGCAAUUUCCUUAGAGAUUCCAGAAUCUGUAGAACCACUUGGAGAUGAAGACCUUGAAGUCAAAGAUACCACAGAGCCUGAAGAACCUUAA